AUGUCUGAAUUCGCCGUAGAAACUAAGGACCUUACAUAUGUCUUCAGCAACAAGAGACGUGGCCUCGAAAAUAUCAGCUUGCAAAUUCCCUGGGGAUCCACUAAUCUCUUGGUAGGACCCAAUGGAGCAGGCAAAUCAACGUUAUUGAAGAUUCUUGCAGGAAAAACGUUGAUCAAGCAGGGCACUCUCAAACUUGGAGGAUUUGACCCAUUCGAGUUCUCCCAGACAAGACACGAGCAGCACAAUUCUGACAUUAACAACUAUAUUUCAUACCUAGGCACUGAGUGGGCCAAUAAUGAGGUGGUGAAGCGUGACAUUCCAGUGAAGCUUCUCAUCUCGUCCAUUGGAGGUGAAACAUACUCGGAAAGAAGAGAUGAGUUGAUCAGCAUUAUGGACUUGGACCCAGACUGGUCUAUGGCAUAUAUCUCCGACGGAGAAAGAAGAAGAGUGCAGUUGGUGAUGGGUUUGCUCAAGCCAUGGAAGUUGCUUCUUUUGGACGAGGUGACGGUGGACUUGGACGUGAUUGUCAGACAGAACCUUUUGGAAUUCUUAAAAAAGGAGUGUCGCACACGUAACUGCUGUGUGAUCUACGCCACUCACAUUUUCGAUGGCCUUGGAAAGAACUGGUGUGAUCGUGUGAUCCAUCUCAAUGGUGGUAAAAUGACCGAUAACGUAGACAUUGGCUACAUUAACUUCGAGAAGAGUAGCGAGCCUGUGCACAUCACACGGAAUGUCGAUAAACAGAUCGAAAAUAUCCAAGUGGCUUUGGCCGAAUCUUUGCAUCCAUUGGUGUUGCAUUGGCUUCGUGAAGAUUUGGAGGAGAGAGGGUCUCGAGAGGAAGAGAAACUCAAGUUAGCCAAACGUUUGAACGACUGGAACAAUGCUCGUGACGGUCAUUAUUUCGACAGCGACGCUAGACUUUCGGAUUAUUUCAAGGCUACCAGAGGCAAGCCCGGUCAGAACUGA